AGGCCGUGCUGCUGACCUCGCGGCAGGAGGCCGUGCUGGCCGAGGCGGAGAGGGACAAGGCCUUCUUGCCCUUCGGCGCCGGCCUCACCGGGAUCAUCGCGGCUGUCUGCGUGACCCUCUCGCUGUUCAACAAGAACUUCGGAGAGUUCCUUCCGCAGGACGACGUGGUCCCCGUUCUCCUGGCGGGGGACGACAUCCUCCUCGCGUUCCUCGCCGUCGGCUCCGUGGCGGGCGCCGUGGUCACGAGUGACAGGAACCUGUGCAUGAGCACGGUGCUCAAGCCGCCCGUGCCCAAGAGGGAGUUCGCCGACGACGAGUCCAACGAGUGGCAGAAGAGCAGCCUGCCGGUCGAGGCGAGGCGGCCGGACGUGCUCUCGCGGGUCGCCGUGGCCUUCCUGACACUCGCGGGCUGCCUGCUGCCCCUCCCCCUCGUGGUGGGCAGCUUCACGGACGGGCUGGCGGCGCUCUGGGCCAGCGCCACGGCCGUGUCCAACGGAGCGCAGUCGCUCAGCAUCAGCGACAGCGCCACCAUCGAGGCUUUCCAGGAGCUGUUCGACGAGACGGCCGUCGUCGUCUCCGCCACCGCGGCGGCCCAGGCGGC